UUUACUGUCUAGCAAUUCUUGGAGUAUUGAUGUGAAUAACCAUUUCCCUGAAUCUCAUCCCCUAGUUUAUAUAAAUUCAUCCGUACACAUUGGACGGUAUGCACAUAUCUGAACUAAAUAACCUAUCUAACUUGUAAAAUUUUCAGAUUACAAUGUCAAAAACUCUCAAGAAAAUGGUUGAUUCGUCGAAAGGUAGUUUUCCAGGCUUUCCGGGAGACUUAACAAUUGUUUUAGUUGGCAGCACGAGAAGUGGAAAAAGUGCGACAGGGAAUUCGAUCCUUGAACGAAAAGCAUUCACGUCAAUCUCUGGCUUCGGUCGCGUGACAACUACUUGCGUGCGACAAGCCACCGCGUUAGAAGAUGGAAGAGUUCUCCAUGUAAUUGAUAUCCCGGUUAUUAUUGGAUGCUGCCAAUGCCGGCUUGUUCGGUUCUACUAUCAAACGUGAAGAUGUUGAAAAAGAGAGUGUUCGAUGCAUGGAAAUGGCUAAAGAUGGCAUUCAUGCUCUUCUUUUGGUUGUGUCAUUAAAAGUUCGGUUCAAUGAGGAGCAAGUUUCAAUUGUUGAGACCUUAACGCACUUGUUUGAAGAUAGAAUUCUUGAUUAUAUGAUUGUCGCUUUUACUGGAGGCGAUGAACUGGAAGAUGAUCGAACAUUGGAUGAGUACUUGGCCUGUUCAACCCCCGCAGCUUUAAAGAAUGAAACUGCUAUAAUGGAUUACAAGAAUUCAAUCAAUGAAAUGGAUAAAGCGUUAGAAGACGAGGAGUUGCAGGGAGCCAGUGCUGAAAUGAAUCAUCGAGAAGCACAUGGUUUAGAGCCAGUUGAAGAUAAAUGGAGUACUGCCAAUAAGGAGCAAGCGGAGAAAUACUCGAAGGACACAGAGAAGAUAGAAAGCUUCAAGACCGUAUUUUCCCAUGGAGAUGUUAAGGACUAUAGUCUUCCUUUACAGUUUGAAGCUGAAAAUGGAAGAAAUUGGAGAGAAGACCGAAGUUUACUUUCCCAAGAGGUUAUCCUUGGCACCAAGGGAACUGCUGUGACAUUCUUCGACCCACCAAUUGUCGACUGUGCAGAGCUCGAGCAGAAGGCACUAGCAAUGUCAACCUCUGAAUGCCUCAUGCAGGUCAAUGCUAUUAUGAUAAACUUCUUGUCUCAAAUUAGAGAUUUGAACACUGAAGUAAAGAAACUUCGAGAUGAGAAAAAAUCUUCCGAAGAUUAUCAUCAGACACAACAACUCUUAAACACAAGGGAGAAAGAGAUAGAGCAAUUAAAGAAGGACUACAAUGCCAUCGAUGAGGAAUUGAAGGUGUCCAUAAACUCUCAUAUCGCAAAGGACGAUCUGUACACAUGGUUAGUCACCUUUCUGUACAGGAUAAUGUCCAGUAAGGGAAUGGUCGAGAAGGUAAAGACAGUCAACCUCUCAUCCUUCAACUAUGGUUGCCACUUCCUAGCUGUCGCGGUUCUCGAAAGUCUUGCCAAAGGGAUUAUUAAGGUUGCAUUGCCCACCAUGAAGGAGCCCGAGGAGCUGACAAAGCUAGUAGGGGAUGUUUCUGUAGACUUGACAUCUUUUCCCCCUCAUGAAUUAUCCAUUUCCGAGGUGUCAGAUAAAAAGGAGGCUACUCCUCAAGUCGAGGAAGAAGAUGAAGAAGAAGUAGAGGAAAAAGGUGACAUAUAA